AUGGCUGGAAUAUCCGUUGAUGGAUCUAACACAAAGAUCACGUCGUUCAGAUCCGUCCACGAAAGCUUGCUUUGUAUUUGGCUUGAUAAUUAUAUUUCUACGGUUCCGGAAGCUUUCGGACGAAUUAGUCUUGAAUACACUUUUUUCGACAAUCAAGAACAAUGUAUGACAUUUGUUGAAGAAUCUUCAGAUAAAACAAUUUUUUUGAUAACAUCUGGUAAAUUUGGACAAGAUAUUGUGCCAAAAAUACAUGGUUUAAAACAACUGAAUACAAUUUUCGUGUAUUGCGGCAAUAUUGAGACCAAUAAAACAUGGUCAGCAGAAUUUGAAAAAAUACAUAAUAUCUAUGAUGAUUUACAUCCACUAGCGAAGGAUAUGACAAAACGUAUUGCACAGUAUUAUAGACAGUUAGGUGAUAACUUCGAACAAAAUGGCGAUGAAGCUGACUUAGCUAUAGAUUGUUAUAUGUAUGCUCAGCAAAUGUUAGCUGAUGUUGAUGUUGAUGCUGAAUUACUGCUCAAUGACUUAGAAAACAGAAUCAAUAAUCUAACAAGGACGACAAAUCAAAACCAAAUUUCAAUUACCCAAAAGUCUGCAGAGGUUAAAAUACUACUAUCAGGGGCUGGAAGAGAGCGCCAUGCCGAAUUAGAGAAUAUUCGUUCAAAUAAAGAAGAUAUAACUGUCGUUUGGCUUGAUAAAACUCUCACGCGAUCAAAUGCAUAUAUAUAUAGAGACCUGAUAAAUAAGAUCAAUGAUACAACACAUUGUUACUCUGAUUAUCAAGAAUGUUUGGAUGCCAUUAAAAAGCUUCAUGAAAGAAUAUUUCUUAUCUUGUCAGGUUCAUAUGCAGAACAAUAUCUAUCUGUAUUUAAUUCGUUAGAUCAAAUAGAUUCAAUAUUUAUUUAUUGUAUGCAACGUGAAAAAUAUUUAGCUUUACGAGAUGAACAUGCAAAACUAGUGGAAGUUUACGAUACAGAAAAAGAUCUCAUCGUUGGUGUGCAUCACAGAACCGAGUUGAGAACGUAUGCAAAUUUCUAUUUUCUUGAUAUUCGUUCACAGCAAUUAACCAGACAAACGGCCUUAUUUUUGUGGAAUCAAUUAUUGCCAUUAGUAUUGAAGGAACAAACAAGCGUCGGUGAAACAAAACAUAAAAAAUUACUGGAAAUUUGUAGAGAUUAUUAUCGUGAUAAUAAACGACAAUUAGCUUUGAUUGAUGAAUUUGAACAGAACUACUGCGCUUUAAAAUCAAUUGUUUGGUAUUCUAAAAGUUCAUUUGUACAUAAACUUGUUAAUAAAGCAUUACGUACACAUGAUCAUGAAAAAUUAAAUGCAUUCGGUUAUUAUAUAAAUGAUUUACGUCAACUGCUGUUGGAAUCAUGUAAACACUUGAAACAAGCUAAAUUGAAAGUCUACCGUGGUUUGACAAUGUCAAUGAAUGAAAUAGAAAAGUUAAAAUUGAAUAUUGGUAAUAUUAUUUCAUUUAAUGGUUUUCUAUCAACAAGUCGAAGUCGUGACGUAGCACUUGUUUAUUCUGGACGAUCAGCAAAUAAAGAAUAUUUGAAUAGUGUUCUAUUUGAAAUUGAAUGUAUAUUAGUCAAUCAGUCAGUCGUUGUUGCUGAUAUAGCUGACGCUAGUGAAUAUCCUGAAGAAAAAGAAGUUUUAUUUGAUAUGGGUACUGUAUUCGAAAUACAAAUGAUGGAUUAUGAUAAAAAAACUAAAUUAUGGAUAUUUCAAUUGUGUAUGACGAAGAACCAGUCAACGAAAAUGGUUAGAACAUUCGAAAUUGUUCAAGAUUAUAUUGAUCUGGCUAAAAAACAAUUCAAUGAAGAUAAUAUAAGAUUAUUGUUUGCUAAACUAAUGUGUUACCUUGGUGAAUAUUCGAAAAUCGAAGAAUAUUUUAAACAAAUAUUAAACACAUUACCCGAAAAACAAACUGAUAUUAUCCAUUUACUUGUUCGUGUAGCGGAAAUACAACAAAAAAAUGGAAAGUUCGAUCAAGCUUUAGAAGGUUAUAAAAAUAUUUUAGACAAACAAUUAUGUCAUCCUGACAUCGGACUGACUUAUUCAAAAAUUGGUUCAAUAUAUCUUGUAAAGAAUGACUACCAAAACGCGUUAAUCAGUUUAGCUAAAGGGCUAGAAAUACAAGCAAAAUGUUUACCAUCCUAUCAUCCAAAUUUGAAUCAAACGUUAGCACAACUUACACAAAUUCAACAUAAAAUGGAUGGUGUAACAUAUGUCGAAAUAUCAAAUACUGAUUCAGUUAAAACAGCAGAAAUAUUGUCGAUCACUGAUCCGAGAGAACACAUGAUGGUUGUAGAUGAUGUACACCCAGUACUAUGCUUCGUACUUGAUUCAACUACAAUACAAAGUAUAAGAGCACAUGUCAACACAUUUGAGGAACAAUAUUUUAUUUACAGGACCGAAACUGUAAAUAGAAUACAAUCAGAAGUGGCAGACAAAAUUGUAUUCUUUGUUAUGCUAGCAGCUGACGAAGUAGCUGACCAAUUAUUAAAAAAAUUUGAAACUAUGAAGGAAACUUAUUCUAUUUAUAUUUAUACCGACUCACCGGAUAUUGUUGUUGAUCAUAAACCAUGGUCAAAACAGAAAUAUUCGAAGGUAAAGUUAAUGUGUAAUACAUUAGAUCAUCUAUUCUUUAAAUUAAAACAUGAUCUUGCACAAUAUUACCAAGAUAUCGGCGAAAAGUAUAUUGAAUCGAAGAAUUAUAGUCAAGCAAAAUUGUACUAUAAUAUAUCAACAAAAUAUUAUUCCCAACUUAAAGAAUAUACAGAGAUAACUAUAAAAGAUUUAUCUGUUAGAGCGACGCAAUAA